GCAUCACUGGCCUUGAACGGAAGAAGGAUAGAACAAGCAAGAACGCAUUGUUGAGACCGUCAGCCAUUAUCGCUCCGCUAGGAGAAGGAUUGGAAGUUCUUCGUUCAGACAACGCUCAGAACAAAAUAAAUAUAAAGGGGGCGAAAGUGUACUACAUGGAAAUAAAAUAGAGACGUGACAUUUUAUUUUUUUAUUUUAUUUUCUCACUACAACGCACCAUUCAUUGAGUUUCAAAAUGGCUGAGAUUACCAAUCUAAAACCAGAAUAUGACGUAUCCCCAGUGCUGGCCGGCUUCAUCGGGGCGGGGGUUCUGGUGCUGGUGGUGGUUCUGGCCGUCCUGCUGUGGACCUGCUGCCAGCGGCGCUCUCGGCAGCGGACGGGCAGCUACAAGCUCCACGGGCCCCACCCCUGCGACUCGGCCGCCGACCCGCCCUACAAGUUCAUCCACAUGCUGAAGGGCAUCAGCAUCUACCCCGAGACCCUGAGCAACAGCAAGAAGGUGGUGCGUGUGGCGCGGCGGCCGGGCGGGCGGGCUGAGCGGGACCGCGAGUGGGGCCGGGUCGCCGGGGGCAGCGGCGGGGUCCUCCUGGUGGACGCGGCCGAGAGCGGCCUGCUGGCCGGCCCCCAGCUCCAGAUGAACCAGCUGGUGGGCCAGCCCAAGCUGGAGCGCGACCUGCCCAUCCGGGCCGACUACUGCUGCCUGGAGAGCAGCUCCGCCAGCAGCAGCGAGACCAGCAGCGCCGCGGCCAGCAAAACCGCCACGCCCUUCACCCCCGCCGACGGGCCGGGCCUGGGGGAGCUCAGCCUGGCCGUGGACUACAACUUCCCCAAGAAGGCCCUGGUGGUGACCAUCCAGGAGGCGCGGGGCCUGCCGGCGGUGGACGAGCGCUCGGGAAGCUCCGACCCCUACGUGAAGAUGACCAUCCUGCCCGAGAAGAAGCACCGCGUGAAAACCCGCGUGCUGCGCAAGACGCUGGAGCCCGUGUUCGACGAGACCUUCACCUUCUACGGCGUGCCCUACAGCAGCCUGCCCGAGCUGGUGCUGCACUUCCUGGUGCUCAGCUUCGACCGCUUCUCCCGCGACGACGUCAUCGGCGAGGCGGUGGUGCCCCUGGCGGGCGUGGACCCCAGCACCGGCCGGGUGCAGCUCACCCAGCCCAUCUGCAAGAGGAACAUACAGUGUGUGAGCCGGGGGGAGCUGCUGGUGUCUCUGUCCUACCAGCCCGUCACACACAGGCUGAGUGUGGUGGUGCUGAAGGCCAAGCACCUGCCCAAGAUGGACAUCACAGGCCUGUCAGGCAACCCCUACGUGAAAGUCAACGUGUUCUACGGCCGCAAGCGCAUCGCCAAGAAGAAGACGCACGUGAAGAAGUGCACGCUCAACCCCAUCUUCAACGAGUCCUUCAUCUACGACGUGCCCGCCGAGCUGCUGCCCGACCUCUCGGUGGAGUUCCUGGUCAUUGAUUUCGACCGCACCACCAAGAACGAAGUGGUGGGCCGGCUGGUGCUGGGCACGCACAGCCCGUGCUCCUCUGGCGCCGCCCACUGGCGGGAGGUCUGCGAAAGCCCCCGCCGGCAGAUCGCCAAGUGGCACAACCUGGUGGAGUACUAGUGCCGCCAGCACCCCCGCCCGCUAACCCGCCCCGCCAACGCGCCCCUCUGUUAGAGAGCGUCGCACGCUCCCCCUUCAUACAUUCUGAUUACCAACAAGCAAACAGACAAACCCCCUGGAAGGACUUGUACAGUGAACUGCUCUCAUCAAAAGGAAAUCUGAUGGUGAUGAUGAUAAUGGGGUCGAAAUCAAUUCUGAAAGGACUUUUUACAAUUGUAUCCUUAAGAAAUCAGAGUGCACAUGCACACACCCGCCUCCCUACCCUCUUAUGCACAGCCAAACACGUCUCUACUGCCUCACACACACGGACAAGCGCACGCACACAGACACACACACAAACACACACACAGACAGGCAAACGCGCACACACACACUCACACGCAGACAGGCACAGACUCACACAAACACACGCUCAUCAGACCGGCGUACACACACCCCCACACACACACACACUCACACACAGACAGGCACACACUCAUACAAAUGCAUACACAUGCAGAUACACACAGACACGCACUCACACGCAGACAGGCACACGCAAUCCAACACACACACACACCCAGACAGGCAAAUGCGCUCACACACGUGCACAGACAUACAGACAGGCUCUCACACACACAGACACACACACACACACAGACAGGUAAAUGCACAGACACACACACUCAUACUUAUGAGUCAAUGACACACACUGACUUGUGGGGACUCACAGCCUUGCCAUUCCCUCGACCCCCUUCCUUUGGUCGUACUGCGGUGGUAUAUACGUUCAUUGUAUUGCAUGUUUGAACAAUGAAAAACAUUGGACACAAAGAAGUGCAUAUUGCUGGAACUCCGAAUGACAAGUACUUUUUCUCGUGUUUCUAAUCCUAACAGAUGGGUAUUCAUGAUACUUGUACUAAUAAUACUAGUGAAUUUUAAAAAAGAGGUCAUCCGAGUGUGCUCUGACAUCACCCUGGGGUGAGGGAGAGGUCAGUGGACAAGGAGACGAGGGCCUCUUAGCAUUAAAGCUCCAUAUUUAACCAUUUCCAUCUCCUCUUACUAGGGCCAGCUGUGAAGUCCAUGACAAUAUAAAUGUAUUGCUACAUUGUGGACAUUGCAGACAUUUCAAUGUGAUGGAUUCAAGCAUUUGUAAAAAAAAAUAUUGUCUACGCAGAAUUGUGUACACUCAGUGGCCAGUUUACCCUGCUCCUCCGAACAGCGAAUCCUGUGGCAGCAGCGCUACAUAAGGCAUGUAGACACGGUGUAGAGGAUUAGUUGUUCGAUAGAAAUGAUAAUAGGAGAGGCGUGUGUGACUUUUAGUGUGCUAUGAUUGUUAGUCUCAGAAACAGCUUGCCCUCCUGGUAUUUUCACACACUACUGUCUCUAGUACACAGAGAUUGGUGCCAUAAACAUAACAUCCAGUGAGCGGCAGUUCAGAGGGAUAAUGCAAGAUAAUGCACCGCGUCACAAAGCACCGGCCAUCUUGCACUGGUUCCGCUAGCAAGAUCUCAAUACAGUAGUGUACCUUGGCUAUGUGGUGGACCGGGGUUCAUAGCAUUAAUGCGUGGCCCAAACAUGUGCAGGAAGUGUGUGAUGCUAUCGAGUCAGCAUGGACAAAAAUCCCUAAGGAAUGUUUCUAGCACCUUGAUGAAUCAGUGCAAUCAAGAUUAGAGGCUGUUCUGAAGGCAAAAUGGUCCUAUCUUGUAUUAGAUGUACCUAGUAAGUGUCCACUGAGUGUAUAAGGGGAUAUGUUCUCACCCUAGCAAUGCAUAUAGAGGGGAAAAAAUGUGUGUGUAAUCGGCCAGGGAUGAUUUACAUUUUAUAUCUGUACAAUUUACAGAAUAACACUGAAAUGAAUAAGGAUAAGUCACAUUUUCCAUGACUCAGAUGUGGUUGUUGUUGUUGGUGAAGAAAUCAUUCUAAACUGAAUGAUACCUGAACAUAAUUUUAAGAUUUGGUUUUAUAUUUGCCAAAGAUUUGGGGGUUUGAUUAUCUCAUGUGAGUUUUGAAGUAAUAAUUUCAGAUACAUUCCUAAUUUCUUAAGUGAUUAGUAUAACUAAUUUGGCUGAAAAGGUUAAUGACAUGGGUUCAUUGAAAUGACAUUGAAAGUACAAUAUUGUGGUAUCAUUUGAUUCAUAAUGGGACUUUCGUAUUCAUUAUAUUUUUGCUUUCGUCAUAACACAAAAUAUUUAUUCAGUGCACCUGUCCUAUCUCAUGUACGUGUCUAUUGUUGAAAGGGAACCUUGGUAAUGAAAAUGUGUGUAUGCGUGCCUGCGUGUGUGUGUGUGUAUGUGUAUUUGCAUUAUGUGGAUGCAGGAGUUAAGUUUCAGUUUGUAAAAUUACUGAAAGUAGGUAGAGGUGUCCAUUAGGUCAUGGGUUAUUUCUAAUUUCCUUUCGUAUUUGCAUUUGUCAUGAUCAUAAAACUGAUACAUUGAUCUAUCAUGGAGAUUCCUGCACCAAAGUUGCCUUUGGAAGCUUUUAACUGUGAGUUGUCAUGGAGGCUGUUUAACACAGUGUGUGUGUGUCAGCUGCAGGGAAGGAAAGUGUUACUGUAAUGCAUAUCUGCUUACAGGCACAACCCAGUGAUACGGACGGAUUAUACAGUUAUGAAAUUAUUUCCCAGUCCAUUUAUCAUUAUCGCCAAUGUGACACUGGGAUGAUUACACCCAAAUAACGUUGAAAUGAAGCAGUCUGGUCUGUGUGAAGCAUUGGACCUGUGGCUAAAUUAAGCUAACAUACAUUAGCCCGAUGGCAUAUUGUCUGGAGCUUUGCAUUGCGCCGGCUCUGCGGAGCGGCUCUGAAGCAGUCACAUGGGUGCGGUUUGGUUUCUUUAUCUUUCUUUGCACAGGCAAAGGCUUCACAAGUAAAUUUGGUGCAGCUACCUUUUUAAAAUGUAUCUGGGCGCAUGAACACGCAGCAAGACGUAUAAUGGUGAGGCAUUGCAUGGACUGGGAAGAUGGGUGCAUCAAAGGAUUGGAUUUCCUGUAGAGACACGCAUUAGCCGCUCACGCUAUUACAGUUUAAACUGCCAGAUGUAGUGUAGUGCCAGCAUUCUGGAUUGUUUUAUUUAUCUCAUCUGGAAAAGCCUUAGAGUUUGGUUAAGUGCAUCUUUCAUGAUUAAAGGUGUGGUAGACAUCUGAUAUUUCAGACACACGAUAGUAUAUUUUCUGUUUCACUUCUCUUAUCGUAGGGGGAAAAAAAGGUAGAUUGUACAUAUUGUAAUAUAGGAAGCUGAAACCUUACUAUUGUUUUUUUUCUUAACAAAUUGAAAUAUAAACUUAGAGUCAAAUUGGGAAUAACGAAGAGGAAAUGUACUGUGAUCUGAGCAUGUGCUUUCGUUAAUAUGUCAGAAACUUCCCCACAUGUCUUCAUUCCCUCUCCAGUAAGAGGCAGACAGAUCUCAACCUGAGAAAUAUGUCAUGGCUGUGGGAAGGCAGAGCAAUUGGAUACACAUUAUCUAUUGUCUGUUUUGGUCAUUUUUCAACAUUUGCAUUUUUAUUUGAGGAAAGCACAGUGCACAAAAUCUUUCAUUGUGAAAAGCUUUUACAGCAUUUUUAAAGUACCAGGUAACAAUAUGGUAAAUACUGUAUUUCGGUGUAACGGUAUACAAAAACAAUACCUAUGGAGCUGCUAACAAAAAAAGGGUGGUCAAAAUGAUAUUAGUUUGAAUUUUUGUAUAGCCCCUCUUGUCUUGUUAAGAGAUUGUCUCCAUGGUGAUUUGCGAAGAACAUACAUGAAAGCCGUUGAACGGCAGUGAGAUCUUUGAGCUUUUCCUCCAUGUCUGAAGCCUAAUGUGUACGCAGCUCCUCAGAUGCUGGGGUCUGCUGGGGCCCCUUGUGUUUGACUGUAGUGAUUACUGGACAGAAAUAUGUCGUCAUUUCUCAUCUGAAAUUGUGUGACUGAAGAGACUGAAGUUGCGGAUUGUAAGACAUUGGGAUAAGAGUGCUGAAAGACUGCUGACAGCACUCACAUGCAGUCCCACGGGCGGGGGCCCCCAUGGCCCCCAUGGCCCCUCUGACAUCGGAAACAUUUUCCUCUUCCUCUUUGUCUCUCCGUGUUUCUCCUGUUGUCCUCCACAUUCUCGACAAGCUCAGCCUUCUUCCCCUUUCUUUGAACCUCUCUGCUGUGCCUCUCUCUCAUUUCUUCCAAUCACCCAUUCUACAUCUUGAUUUACAGUAGGAACUAUUGCAUUAAUAUUGAUUCUCUCUUCUGGAGAGGAGGACAGAGGACAAUGUUGUGUGGUGUGUUCUGGCUAUGGGACAUAGAUUCUGUGUUCUGUUAGAGGUUUGAGUUUAAUUGUGAAAGAAUGAGAAUACCACUGUUAUAUGAGCAGAUAGGUGUGUGGGUAUAUUUACUCCCUCUCAGACGUGCAGCUGAGAUUCAAUCAACUAUUUCAACAAAAAAAUCGUAACAGCUAAGUUACAGUAUAUAUACAGAUGCACAUCAGAUGCAUUUGUGUCAACUUGGUUCUUUGUUGGUCAGUGGUUCUUUGAAAGAUGCCCAGUAAACACAGAACACAAGUUCCUAAGUGUGAACCCCCAGCACAGUUUUGAACUGUUCUCUGCUACGUAUCCUCUUAACUUUUGAGAUGGUUCAGCUUCUGUUACCUUGUGUUGGUUUAAUCCAGGGCUCCUGGCAGCGUUUCUCCCUGCUGCCUGCAUACUGUUGCUUGAGGAUGCUUGAGGGCUCCCUGUAGAGUAUGAACUUGCCCGCUUCUCCCAACCUGGCUUUCUCUGAUAUCCCAUGUCUUGGGUUUUCCUGUCUGCUCUCUUGUACAUUGAACCGGGGAUGAUAUACAAAAGGUCAAUUAAUAAACUGUAAUAGAAGUAAUGACCAAUGAAUAUUAAAUUGAUAUCAAUCACAAUUCAGAAUAAGUAAUUUUCAUUUGGAAAGACAUGGAGUAAAAAAAAAAAACUGAAACUCUUAACCGUGUAAACUGCAUAAUGCCAUAAAGUCUAUGCUAAAUAUAUUACACUAAUGGUAACGUCUAUGUUGAAUUUGUUAAUACACAUUGAACGUGCAAAUAAAAACUGAUACACCAGUA